AUGUAUGGAAAAGUAGCCCUCGAAGAGGCAUUUGCCCUGCCCAGAUUCCAGGAGCGGACCAGAUGGUGGGCUUCGUUGUUUGCUGUUGACCCCGACAAGCAUGCUGCUGAGAUCACCGACGUCACAAACCAACGCAUCAAGUACAUGGAUGAGCAUGGCGUUGGAUAUACCAUCCUCUCUUACACAGCCCCUGGUGUUCAGGACGUAUGGGACCCCAAGGAAGCCCAGGCAUUGGCCGUCGAAGUAAACGAUUACAUUGCCGGCGCCAUCAAGGAGCAUCCUGAUCGCCUGGGCGCUUUCGCAACUUUAUCGAUGCACGAUCCCAAGGAGGCCGCCGAGGAAUUGAGACGCACAGUCACCAAGUAUGGGUUCAAGGGCGCACUGGUCAACGACACACAGCGGGCUGGCUCAGAUGGGGAUGACAUGAUUUUCUAUGACGGACCUGAGUGGGAUGUCUUCUGGUCAACAGUAACCGAGCUGGAUGUGCCAUUCUAUCUUCACCCUCGCAAUCCCACAGGCUCCAUCCACGACAAGCUGUGGGCGAAGCGUAAAUGGCUGAUCGGCCCGCCUCUGAGCUUUGCUCAAGGUGUGAGCCUCCACGUCCUCGGCAUGGUUACAAACGGAACCUUUGAUCGCCACCCAAAGCUACAGAUUGUGCUUGGCCACCUCGGAGAGCACAUCCCAUUCGACAUGUGGCGUAUCAACCACUGGUUCGAAGAUGUGAAGAAGCCUCUCGGACUCGACUGCAAGUUGACUAUCCGCGAAUACUUUGACAGGAACAUCUGGAUCACGACAAGCGGCCACUUCUCAACAUCCACCCUCCAAUUCUGCCUCACAGAAGUUGGCGCUGACCGAAUCCUCUUCUCUAUUGACUACCCCUUUGAGAACUUCUCGGACGCGUGUACUUGGUAUGACGCUCUUGCCAUCAAUGAUGCAGACAAGAGGAAGAUCGGAAGGGACAACGCCAAGAAGCUUUUCAAAUUGCCAAAAUUCCAUGAUAGCGAGAAAUAA